GUCGCUGCGCUCCCGGCUCGGGGGUCGUCGCCUUGGCGGGCGGGUGGUCGCGGGAAGCGGGAGCGGCGAGGCGGUGCUGGAAGGCGGGAAGGCAGCUUUGUCUGCUUAGUUAUUGGACUGUCCCUUGGUGAGAAUACACAGGAAGAAAGGGGCAACUGAGUUCUAGACAAUGCAAGCACAGGAAUCAGUGACCUUCAAGGAUAUAGCUGUAGACUUCACCCAGGAAGAGUGGGCCCUCCUGGACACGUCCCAGAGAAAGCUGUACCGAGAUGUGAUGCUGGAGAACAUCAGUCAUCUGGUCUCCGUGGGGUAUCAACUUUGCAAAUCAGAUGUGAUUUCCCAGUUGGAACAAGGAGUGGAGCUGUGGAGAGAGGGAAGAGGAUUUCCCCAAGGCCUGAGUCCAGAUAGGAAAAGUAGUCUUAAGAGACAAGAAGACAUCUGCAGAAAGGACUCAUCUGAUUGCAUGUCAGUGCGACAAGCAGUCCUAUCUUGAACAAGUCGAGGGAAAGAGGGGAUGGAAAGCCAGGAGACCACGGCAGAGGGAGAAGUGAGUACAAGUGGGUGAAGAGACAUGACUGGUCAGCCUGCCAUGGAAUCCUGCUGUUCUGAAAUCUGAGGUUCCCACUGCCUGGGUGCUGCAGGAGGAAUUGUAACUUUGUUUCACCCCAGUCAUAUUUGAUUCUUAAUAUUUUAAUUAAAACAAUUUUUAAAUUUGAAAA